GAGCAGACUCCCUUCUUUCUGCUUCACUUUUUUACCCACGGCUUGAUUUGCUCUCUCUCUCUCUCUCUCCAAACAAAGUACAAACCAACCAUGGAGGCUGUGGGAGACGCUCUUCUUUCUGCUGCCAUCGGCCUCUUGUUUGACAAGUUGGCCUCCACUGAUUUGCUCGACUUUGCACGCCAACAGGUGUACUCUGAUCUCAAGAAAUGGGAGAGAGAAUUGUCGGAUAUUCGUGAAGAGCUUAAUGACGCGGAGGACAAGCAGAUCACGGAUCGCCCUGUGAAAGAGUGGCUGGGCAAUCUGAAAGAUUUGGCUUAUGAUAUGGAGGACAUCUUGGAUGAGUUCGCCUACGAAGCUUUGCAACGGGAGCUCACGGCCAAAGAAGCUGAUCAUCAAGGCAGGCCGAGCAAGGUACGCAAGCUCAUCUCCACUUGUCUUCGCAUUUUCAAUCCUAAUGUUAACAUGAGGUCCAAGGUGUGGGAAAUCACUCGCCGCUUACGAGAUAUUUCGGCUCAAAAAUCUGAGCUUCGUCUAGAAAAGGUGGCUGCGAUAACCAACUCUGCUUGUGGAAGGCCAUUCACUGUCUAUGAACCUCAGGUCUAUGGCAGGGGGACAGAAAAAGAGAUUAUAAUUGGUAUGCUGCUUAGGAAUGAACCCACUAAAACCAAUUUUUCUGUAGUUUCCAUUGUGGCCAUGGGUGGGAUGGGCAAGACCACACUGGCAAAACUGGUGUACUAUGACGAUAAGACCAUAACCAAGCAUUUUGAUAAAAAAGCUUGGGUUACUGUCUCAGUUCAGUUCGAUGCAAAGAAAAUAACAGAGACAAUUCUCAACUUGGUGACUAAUUCUCAAAGCAGUAAUUCACAAGACUUGCAUGAAAUUCAAGAAAAUUUGAGGAAGGAAUUGAAGGGAAAAAAAUUUCUGAUAGUUUUGGAUGAUUUAUGGAAUGAUGAUUACGAUGAGUUGGACAGGCUAUGCUCCCCUUUCUGGGUGGGAGCACAGGGAAGCAAAAUUCUAGUCACAACUCGCAAUAAUAAUGUUGCAAACAUGAUGAGAGGCCACAAGAUCUUACAUGAGCUCAAACAGUUACCUUAUGAUGAUUGUUUGAAGAUAUUUCAAACACAUGCUUUUGAACAUAUGAAUAUCGAUGAGCACCCAAAUUUGGAAUCAAUUGGCAGGAGAAUUGUAGAGAAGUGUGGAGGUUCGCCCUUAGCGGCAAGAGCCCUUGGUGGCCUUUUGCGCUCUAAAAAACUACGUGAGUGUGAAUGGGAAAGAGUAUUGUACAGCAAAGUAUGGGAUUUCACAGACAAGGAAUGUGACAUCAUCCCUGCCUUGAGAUUGAGCUACAAUCAUCUCCCUUCACAUUUAAAAAGGUGUUUCACUUAUUGCGCAUUAUUUCCCCAAGAUUAUGAGUUUAAGAAGGAAGAGCUAAUCCUCUUGUGGAUGGCGGAGGGGUUAAUUCAACAAUCAAAUGAGGAUGAGAAAAUGGAAGAUCUUGGUGAUGAUUAUUUUUGUGAACUAUUGUCAAGGUCAUUUUUCCAAUCGUCCAAUAGCAAUAAAUCACGAUUCGUUAUGCAUGACCUUAUCAACGAUCUAGCUAAAUCUAUUGCUGGAGACACAUGCUUGCAUUUGGAUGAUUUGCAACGCUCCGUUCCUGAAAAUACUCGUCAUUCAUCAUUCAUCCGUCAUCGCUAUGAUAUCUUUAAAAAUUUUGAAACGUUUCAUAAGAAAGAGCGCUUGCGCACGUUCAUAGCUUUGCCGAUUGAUGAAUUAACUAGUGGACUUCAUUCCUUCAUAAGUGAUAAGGUGCUUGAAGAAUUGAUACCAAGGUUAGGGCACUUAAGGGUGCUCUCAUUGGCUUAUUACAAGAUAAGUGAGAUACCAGAUUCAUUUGGUAAGUUGAAACAUUUGAGAUACCUUAAUUUGUCCCACACCAGUAUAAAAUGGUUACCCGAUUCAAUUGGUAAUCUUUUUUACCUUCAGACAUUGAAAUUAUCAUGUUGUAAAGAGCUUAUCAAGUUGCCUAUUACCAUCGGUAACCUAAUCAAUCUUCGACAUCUUGACGUUGCUGGUGCAAUAAAAUUACAAGAAAUGCCUAUAGGAAUGGGCAAACUAAAAGAUUUGCGGAUAUUGUCUAAUUUCAUUGUGGACAAAAACAACGGUUUGACAAUCAAGGAGUUGAAGGACAUGUCACAUCUGCGAGGAGAACUUUGCAUUUCGAAAUUGGAAAAUGUGGUGAAUAUUCAAGAUGCAAGGGAUGCCGAUUUAAAAUCGAAGCGUAACCUUGAAAGCUUGAUAAUGCAGUGGAGUUCUGAGUUGGAUGGUUCAGGGAAUGAAAGGAAUCAAAUGGAUGUCCUUGACUCUCUACAACCAUGUUCGAAGCGUAACCUUGAAAGCUUGAUAAUGCAGUGGAGUUCUGAGUUGGAUGGUUCAGGGAAUGAAAGGAAUCAAAUGGAUGUCCUUGACUCUCUACAACCAUGUUCGAAUCUGAACAAACUCUGCAUUCAGUUGUAUGGUGGUCCAGAAUUCCCACGUUGGAUAGGGGGUGCCUUGUUCUCUAAGAUGGUGGAUCUACGUCUCAUAGAUUGCAGAAAGUGCACGUCUUUACCAUGCUUGGGGCAGUUGCCAUCGCUCAAACAGUUGAGGAUCCAAGGAAUGGAUGUAGUAAAAAAAGUGGGUGCAGAGUUUUAUGGAGAGACUCGUGUUUCUGCAGGUAAGUUUUUCCCAUCACUAGAGUCUCUACAUUUUUAUAGCAUGUCAGAAUGGGAGCACUGGGAGGAUUGGUCUUCCUCAACAGAGUCAUUAUUCCCUUGUCUCCAUGAGCUUACAAUUCAGGGUUGCCGCAAAUUGAUUAUGAAACUACCCACUUACCUACCUUCUCUUACAAAGCUCUCUGUUGUCUUUUGUCCAAAAUUGGAGUCUCCACGUUCAAGACUUCCACUGCUGAAGGAAUUACAAGUAAUAAGAUGUAAUGAGGCGGUCUUGAGCAGUGGAAAUGACCUCACCUCACUCACCGAGUUAACAAUUUCUAGGAUUUCAGGGCUUAUCAAAUUGCAUGAAGGAUUUGUGCAAUUUUUGCAAGGGCUUCGGGUUUUGAAAGUAUGGGCAUGCGAAGAACUCGUAUAUUUGUGGGAGGAUGGUUUUGGAUCGGAAAACUCUCAUUCUCUUGAGAUUAGAGAUUGUGACCAACUUGUAUCCUUGGGAUGCAAUCUUCAGUCUUUGGAAAUAGAUAGAUGUGCUAAACUAGAGAGGCUUCCAAAUGGAUGGCAGAGUCUAACAUGCCUUGAAGAAUUGACAAUCAGCAAUUGUCCAAAGCUAGCGUCAUUUCCAGAUGUAGGUUUCCCACCAAUGCUGAGAAAUCUUGAUCUUGAGAAUUGUCAAGGUCUAAAGAGUCUACCUGAUGGCAUGAUGUUGAAGAUGAGGAACGACAGUACUGACAGCAACAACUUGUGUCUCCUUGAAGAGCUAGUGAUAUCCAGGUGUCCAUCUCUCAUUUGCUUUCCAAAAGGGCAAUUACCCACCACCCUUAAGAGACUACAGAUAGAGUUUUGUGAAAAUCUCAAGUCUCUUCCAGAAGGAAUGAUGGGCAUGUGUGCCCUUGAAGACUUAUUGAUAGAUAGGUGUCAUUCUCUUAUUGGAUUACCGAAAGGUGGGUUACCCGCCACUCUCAAGAGGCUCAGUAUAAUUGAUUGUAGAAGGCUAGAGUCUCUACCAGAGGGAAUAAUGCACUACGAUUCCACAUAUGCUGCUGCUCUCCAAGCCUUGGAAAUCCGUAAAUGUCCAUCUCUCACAUCCUUCCCAAGAGGCAAGUUUCCAUCCACCCUUGAGCAACUUCACAUUGAGGAUUGUGAACACCUCGAGUCAAUUUCAGAGGAGAUGUUUCACUCUACUAAUAAUUCACUUCAAUCUUUAACCAUCGAGAGGUAUCCUAAUCUCAAAACCCUACCAGAUUGCCUCAACACCCUCACUCAUCUUACAUCACUCGAGAUCUCUCACUUUGAGAAUAUCAAGACCCCCCUAUCCCAAUGGGGCCUUUCCAGACUCACCUCUCUUAAACUCCUCUGGAUUGGUGGCAUGUUUCCAGAUGCAACUUCCUUUUCGGAUGACCCCCACUCGAUUAUUUUUCCUACAACUCUCUCCUCCCUUACCCUUUCAGAAUUCCAGAAUCUGGAAUCCCUAGCCUCCCUGUCUCUCCAAACCCUCACCUCUCUUGAAGAGCUAGAAAUCUACAGUUGCCCUAAGCUCCGAUCGAUUUUGCCAACGGAAGGACUAUUGCCUGACACCCUUUCACGAGUGUAUGUGCGGGAUUGCCCACAUCUAACACAAAGGUACUCGAAGGAGGAAGGAGAUGAUUGGCCCAAGAUUGCCCACAUCCCCUGUGUAUUAAUAAAUAAGUUCUAAUGAGGUCAUUUACUGGAAAAACGGUGUCAAUUUGAGAAAGGGGAAGAAUGGCGUUAUAUAGAUCUCAUUCCUAAAAUAGUGAUCAAUGAAGUGCUAUUUUAAUCAAAGUGCCACUCCGCCAAUACACAGUUAGUGUUCAUUACAAUAAUCAAGAUGAGCCUAGAUGUUUGAACUCUCCUUUGGUUCAGCAACUUGCACUGAUUGGGCGUCCAUGUAAAAUGUGCUCUAACCAAGUGGAUUUCUUCAAAAGGAAGUGGAAUAUGAAGAAAGGAUAGAUUGUUCAGAUUUUGCCUGUAGAGGAAGGGAGAUUGCUGGGUGCUCAACACUUGAUGCUCAUUGCUCUGUUCAAGAAGAAUAAGAAACUGAGAGGAUCAGUUUCAGCCAUGUCAGGACUCUAAUCCAUGGCAGGCUUUCUCUGAGGUAGGUGCCCAGACAACAAUAGCAAGUCUGUUAGGACCCGAAAUGGCCAUCACAACAAACCAGCCACAGAAGCAACUUCUGGCCCUGAAACUUGGGGUUUUGGAACAGAGAGUUUUACAGCCACCCCUGGUGCCAGCUCUAAUAUUUCCAGACCCUCCAUUGGAGGCAAUAAUGCCCAGCUGUUUGUUGACUCAAAGAAGAUUGAGGGCAAGCUGGCUACUCAACCUGCUGGAUGGGCUGGUUUCUAACUUAUUUGGUGAUGUUAUAUCAUCCUGGGCACUUCUGGCCAUAAGAGAUGGGAAUAGGUAAAAAAGCAAAACUAAAAGGGAUUCAUGGCUUUCUGGGCAUGGUUAUGCUUGUAAGUAUUGAGUGUUUGCCUUAUGCAAUAGAAUACAACAUCUGCAUAUGUUCCCUGGUUUCCAUGGACUACUUACAAAUGUGUACUGUUCUGAAUGCCUUGAUUUUCAGGUCUUGAGCCCAAACAACAUCCACUGUCUCUUAAGACCAUAAAUGGUCAUCGUAACAUUUUAUUUGGUAUUGAAGUGGUGUCAGGUAGAGGGGUGGAUUCUUCAUCCAGAUCUAAAUGCAUUAGCUGGACAAUCGAAUGGCGGUUACUUAUCUAACAGAUGUUGUUUUACUAGACCAUGG